AUGGCACUGCGCACCGGGAGGACUUGGUUUGGGCAAGUCUUGCGCAGGGUCUUUCGGCUGCAGGGCUCCUGGUCCAGGCGAUCGAGCAGUCUCUUGUGCCUCUCCGCGAACCAGGAGCAGGAUCUGGGACUCUGUCACCGGGAUCACUACAAGGUGGGGGAUUUCCACCGCUGCCACGACUCCGGCACCCGGCGCGUUCCCCGUCACCGGAGCGCACCUUUCCGCGCCUCCGCCUCCGGGCGCUGUCCACACGGCUUCCCCAACGCUCGCUGCGCCUUCACGGGGAAUUCGAGGGGACAUGAGCCCCUCGGUCGCCGGUUCCUGUUGGCCAUGAAGCGGCAAAACGUGCGGACCUUGUCCCUGAUCAUUUGCACGUUCACGUACCUGCUCGUCGGGGCCGCCGUCUUCGACGCCCUGGAGUCCGACUACGAGAUGCUGGAGAAGGAGCAGCUGGAAGCCGUGGAGAAGCGUCUCCAGGGGAAAUAUAACAUAAGCGAGGCGGACUACCGCAAACUGGAGAACAUCAUCAUGAAGGCAGAGCCCCACAGAGCCGGGGUGCAGUGGAAAUUUGCAGGGUCAUUUUACUUUGCCAUCACGGUUAUUACCACCAUAGGCUACGGGCAUGCGGCGCCGGGCACCAACGCAGGGAAGGCCUUCUGCAUGUUUUACGCCGUCCUGGGAAUCCCCCUGACUCUCGUCAUGUUCCAAAGUCUGGGCGAGAGGAUGAACACUUUUGUCAAGUACCUCCUGAAGCGCAUCAAGAAGUGCUGCGGCAUGAGCAUCACCGACGUGUCCAUGGAGAACAUGGUGACGGUGGGGUUCUUCUCCUGCAUCGGCACGCUGUGCAUCGGAGCCGCCGCCUUUUCCCACUACGAGGACUGGAGCUUCUUCCAGUCUUACUAUUACUGCUUCAUCACAUUAACUACCAUCGGCUUCGGGGACUUUGUGGCCCUUCAAAAGAACCGGGCCCUCCAGAAGAAGCCCCUGUAUGUGGCCUUUAGCUUCAUGUAUAUCCUGGUGGGCCUGACGGUCAUCGGGGCCUUCCUCAACCUGGUGGUGCUCCGUUUCCUGACUAUGAACAGCGAGGACGAGCGGCGGGACGCAGAGGAGCGCGCCUCGCUAGCCGGCAACCAGAGCAGCAUGAUCAUCCACAUCCAGGACGAGUCGCUGCAGCGGGGCCGGCGGCGGCGCGAGCCGUACCGACCGGAAGUGACGGAUUUGCAGUCGGUCUGCUCCUGCAUGCACUACCACUCGCAUGACUUCGGCAGCUCCGGGGGAGGGAUGGGAGGCCUCGGCUGCGCCUUCUCCCAUCAGAACUCGUUCAGCUCGCAGCUGAAUCCCAAUCAGUACUUUCACUCGGUUUCCUACAGGAUCGAGGAGAUCUCGCCCAGCACCUUGAAAAACAGCUUUUUCCCUUCGCCCAUCAGCUCGGUGUCUCCGGGCCUCCACAGCUUCACAGACAACCACCAGCUCAUGAGGAGAAGGAAAUCCAUCUAA